AGUGAACCCUACAUGACUGCUGUCUCCACCAAUCGUGGAGAAUGUACGGCACGUGUCAAAGGUAUCACAUCAUCGUUUUCAGCGACACAGCGGCACUGCCCAACUCUUUUUGAAAUAGAUUUUGGGCAGUUUUCAGAGGCUGUUUCACGAGCAAAGGCUUCAUGUGAUCUGGAGGAUCCAGAGAUGUGGAGGGCUGUGAUUGGCUUGCAUCAUCUUUUCAAACAUAAAACACAUACUAUAAAAAAACGCAUAAAAGAAAUCAAAAUAUUUCAUUACUACAAUUCUGCAAAAUAUGAAGAUGAUAUUGCUGUGUUUAAACUAAGCAAACCUGUCAUAUUUAAUGACUAUAUUCAGCCCAUCUGCUUGCCUAAUGCUGAUCUUGCCCUGACUUCUGAAAUGAAAUGUUUUAUAAGUGGGUGGGGAACUAAUAAAGAAAAAGGUAAAGGCACCCUCAUAUUGCAAGAAGCUCAGCUACAAAUUUUUUCACUAGACACUUGCAAUCAAUUUGACUGGCAUGCAGGAUCAAUACCAGAUACUGCUUUCUGUGCUGGCUCUGAAACUGGAGAUGUUGAUACCUGUCAGGGAGAUAGUGGUGGACCUCUUGUAUGCUAUUUAUCAGAUUCUAAAUAUUACAUUGUAGGAAUCACCAGCUAUGGUGUUGGCUGUGGCCGACCAAAAUAUCCAGGAGUUUACACGAAUUUGCCUAAGUACAUGUUCUGGGUAUACUACUUGUUUUUCAACCCUCAGGAAUUUGUAGAAAGCAAUCUUAUGAAUGUUUAUAAAACUAUGUUGGAAAAACAGUUAUUUCAUGUUUUAAAUUAUUUCAGCAGUGAAAAGUAUGCAUUAAGUUUUGAAACAAUGUAG